AUGGUCUCCUGGGUUUCCUUAAGAAGCAUUCGAUGCAGCAGAUUUCCUCCAUCCCAUCCCAUCCGGCUGACUCCCCUCGGUCAACAGGAGUCCUCACCCUGGGAUCAUUCUGCAAUCCCCAUGGCUCCAGCUCCCAGCUUCCGUGGACACCAGUGGACUUACAACCCUGUCCGAGGGUUCUGCCUGCUCUUGCUGCUGGUCAUGUCACAUCUGCUCCUGUGCCAAGGCAACUCAUGCCCGUCCUGUUGUCCUGACAUGUUUGACAUCCCCCUGAAGUCUCUUACAGACCUGUUUGUCAAUGCCUCCAGGCUGUCCCACGACAUGCAUAACCUUUCGACAAUAAUGUUCAAUGAGUUUGAUGAAAAAUAUGUCCAGGGCAAACAGUCCUAUAUCAAUGUCACCAACAGCUGCCAUACUAAUUCCCUCCAUGCUCCCGAAGAAAGAGAAAAAGCCGUACAGAUGAACAAUGAAGACCUGAGUAAGUGGAUCCUAAUGUUGCUGUACUCUUGGAAAAGACCUCUGUAUCAUCUAUUCACGGAGCUGAAGAGCAUGAAAGAAGUCUCAGAUGCUAUCCUAUCAAAUGCCAGAGAGAAUGCGAAAAAAGUACAAGAACUUCAAGAACUCAUAGAGAGACAAUUCAGCCAGAUUAUUUUUCCAGUGCGGCAGAAGAUGAGCGAGGCUCGCAUUAUCUGGUCAGGACUCCCAUCCCUGGUGUCCAGCAAUGAAGAUGUGCGUCAUUCUGCAUUUUAUAGCCUGUUCCAGUGCCUAAGCAGGGAUUCAUGUAAAGUUGACAUGUACACCAAGAUCCUGGAGUGUAGAAUCCGCAACAUGUGCUAA